AUGCCCAUUCAAUUCAUGACAUCUCCCAAGUACCUGCUCACAUCCGAGUCGGUCACCGAGGGACACCCCGACAAGCUCUGUGACCAGAUCUCGGACGCGGUAUUGGAUGCGGCCCUGCGCGGCGAUCCCAUGAGCCGCGUGGCUUGCGAGACCGUGGCCACCAAGAACCUGAUCAUGGUAACCGGGGAAAUCACCACCAAAUCUGCACUGAACUUCGACGAGAUCGCCCGCGGCGUGAUGCGACAGAUCGGUUACACCCACGUGAGCUAUGGCAUCGACGGCAAUUCCUGCGGAGUAAUCGCUCACGUCAGCCAGCAAUCCCCCGAUAUCAGCAGCGGCGUCUCUACGGCCCUCGAGGAGCGCGGCAGCGGGGCCUCGGAUGCCCGGCGAUCCACCGGUGCCGGUGACCAGGGCAUGAUGGUCGGCUUCGCCUGCGACGAGACCGACGGCCUGAUGCCCAUCACUGUGGACCUGUCCCAUCGCUUGGUGGAGCGUCUGUCCGCUGUCCGCAAGGAUGGACUGCUGGAUUACCUCGGACCCGAUGGCAAGUCCCAGGUCACCGUCGAGUACAGCAACGGCAAACCGAAGCGUGUUGAUGCUGUUGUUAUAAGUUCUCAACACAUGGACAGCGACGAUCGCGAGUCCUUCACCAAGAAGAUACGCAGCGACAUCCUGGAGCACGUCAUCCGUCCCAUAGUCCCAUCCGAGCUGCUGGACGACAACACGCGGUACUUCGUCAAUCCCAGCGGCUGGUUCGCAGUCGGUGGCCCCCAGGGUGACACCGGUCUAACCGGACGGAAGAUUUUGGUCGACACCUACGGUGGCAUCGCUCGCCACGGCGGCGGCGCCUUCUCCGGCAAGGAUCCGACCAAGGUUGACCGCUCCGGUGCCUAUGCCGCCCGCUACGUCGCCAAGAACCUGGUGGCCGCGGGUCUGGCCCAGAGAGUCGAGGUCAUCGUCUCAUACGCCAUCGGCGUGGCUGAGCCCAUCUCGGUGUCGGUGGAGACCUUCGACACCGGCCACAUCGCCAAUGACCGCAUUGAGGCCCUGGUCGGCGAACACUUCGACCUGCGCCCCGGCGCCAUCAUCGAGGACCUGAACCUGCGCCGUCCUAUCUACCAGCCAACCGCCGCCUACGGCCACUUCGGCCGCCCAACGGCCGACAAGCUUGGCCUGAGCUGGGAAGUCACGGACAAGGCCGAAGAUCUGCGGCAAGCCGCAGCGCGCUAG